AUGGAAACAAAGGGCCAAACUUCAAAAAGAACAAAAUCUGAUGAGCUCCAGGACGACGAGAUCAAGGAAAGAAAAAAACGAAGAAUUGGAGGGGACACCUUGGCGUGGCUGGAAAAAAAAGCGGCCCGAGAUUUGAAGUACAAAGAGCUCCAGCUUGAAGAGCAAAGAAAAGAAAGAGAGUUCCAGCAAAGAGAAAGGAAAGAGCAGAUGGAGCUUAUACAGAAGCAACUUCAAAUGCAAGGAGAAAGCCAAAAGCAACAGCAACAACAACAAAUGAUGCUCAUGCAGCAGAUGAUGAGUAUUAUGCAACAGCAGCAACAACAGCUUCAGCUUUUCACUUCAAAACAGGAUAAAGACUAA